AAUAAAACCAGUGCUUGUUCAGUUAAUCGAUCGUUACAGUAGAUAGAACACCACAGAGAGAGCAGGAGACACACAGCGUAACACCAGUGGGAGAACAGGAAGUGACACAUACGUUACUGCUAGUGAUGGGAAGUUCGACUCUUUUUACUGACUCGGUUCUUUUACUCUUUUACUGAAGUCACUUUAUUGAGGUGUGUAUUUGCUUUCCUAGGUUUUCAUAUGGUUUGAAUUGCUUGUGGCAUUUUGUUUAUUAUACUUUGUCAGCUGAAGCAAACCAUGUUGUCUUUUUUUACAACGCCCACAAGAGGGCUACAGUGCCACCCGCUGUAAAAAUAAACAAAAUGACUCAAAAAAAGAUUUGUUCAAUUUACUGUCCGAGAGUAAAAGAUCCAAGUCAGUAAAAAGAGUCGAACUUCCCAUCACUAAUUGAGACAAUGUUUGGGAAGAGAUGUUGAGGAGAUUCAGAAAUGCAGUUGCCAAGGCAGGAGAAAACGAGGAAGACUGAGACGAUGGUACAUGGAUGUGCUGAGAGUGGACAUGAGAGUGUAAUUGAGAUGGAGGAGGAUGUGGUGACCCCCAAUCAGGAGCAGCAACAAUAUCUCGAGGAUAUUUAUGCAUUUGCCUUGUCCAAGACUCUGACAAAGAUUCCAUCACCUGCAACUGUGGGACUCUACUCUUCAUGUCACAAUCGAAACAACAUGAUUCUUGAAAAAAUGGAAGUGUACAUGGAUGAGGAGGCUGAAAGGAUUGAGAAUGAGCACAAAGGAAAUCCUCGGUCGCCUUCAUGUACAGGCUUCUUUGCCCUCAUUGGUCGGCUGAUCUUCUACAGACCCAUUCAGACUAAGAAGAACCAGCAGCACCAUGAUAUCAGGUUCAUAUAUGUGGACUUUAGUGCCUGGCACUUUGCAGGCAGUGACCUGCUCUGGGCUGGGAUAGCAAUACGACUGUUUCAGGCCAUGCAGUGGAACUUUGGGAAAUUACAGCUCGCACUCUACCGUGUGGCUCAAUACGAUGAAGAGGAUGAAAUCAAGAGGAAGGUAGUAAAGAAUGGCGAUAACGACUGGAGGUCCAAGAAGAUUUGCUGCUGCCCUCUGUGGCUCCUCGCCCUGUUAGUUCUUGUGGUUCCACUGACCGUCCUGAUUUUCCUUUUGACCUUUGACUUUCCCAAAGCUGUGGAGAAACCAGGAGAGGAGAUGAAGAAAAAAGUGGGUGUGCUGGAGGGUCUGGUCAUUGCUUCGUUGGGAGUCCCUGCAGCGAGCGCAGCCCGAUUUGGCUUUCAAAUGGUCAAGAACCUCCUCUACAGCCAGGACCUGAACAUAAAGAAGGGGAUGGACAACCAACGAGUCAGCAGCAAACUUGGUUUCAUGAAUGAGGUGAGGAAGGAACUGUGGUUCGUGUCACGCUUCAUCCAGUUUAUGGAGAUAUUUGAGAGAAGAAGGAUUAGAGUGGUGCUGAAAAUCACAAAUCUGGACCGCUGUGCCCCAAAGAAAAUUGUUGCAGUUCUGGAAGCAAUCAGCAUUCUCCUCUCUGAUGAGGAGAGUCCAUUUAUUUCUAUUCUGGCUGCAGACCCUCAUGUUAUUAUGCAGAAAGUCAACUUUGCAGAUGGCUGCUUCAGCCGAGAAGACAGAGCUUACGCACUUUUAAACCGCAUUGUCACGCUGGCCUUCACAGUCCCACCACUGAGCGAUGAAUCAAAACACAGUUUAUUCCAAAGCCUCACCAGCAACCCAUCAUAUCCCCAGAAUAUGAGCAUUGGGAACAAUCAGAUUAGAUCAAGAACCUCCCAAAAGACAGAUGUAACAAAGGUAGUUGUUCCUCUGGAAGAGUUAAAUCCUCUGAUGAAUAAAACUGAGGUAACACUGGAUGUAAAUGAUGAUGAUGUAGAGGGGACGGUGAUGAGCAUCUUGACCAGUGAUGACAAAAAUCUGGACAAGUACAUGUCGGAUGACGCAACGUCUCUGAGGAGGGUGAUCAACUCCAUCCGAAUGACUGUGAUAAUCAUGAAGGCCCUGAAAAAACAGCUUCCUCGUCUAGAAUACAUUGCAGCAUGGGUGGUGUUAGCCAAUCAAUGGCCCUGUCGACUCAGCUGGAUCAUCCAGUGUGCAGAAGACUCUCAGCAGAGAGCCGAGAUCGAUGGUGAGAAUGUGGCCAAAGUUGAUGAUUCAAAGACUUUAUGGGAAGUGUUUAGUGAGUCCAGGGCAGAGCUGUAUGUGAUGAGUGAACAGAUAGAGGACAUCCUUGAGCAGGAUGGAGACCCCGAGAUAUUUGAGCGAUUUCUCACUGUGGAUUUCCAGUUCACUGUAAAGGACUUGAAGAUAUUUGAAGUUGCAAUAGUAAAUCUGGAUCAUACUAUCAAGAAGGAGCUGGCUCAGAUCAGAGGGACGUCUCGGCUGAAGGAUUCUGGUUGGAUGAGGGAUUUAGCUCCUCUGCCAAUCACAACUCUCAUCAAUAUGGAUACAGAGGACGUAUGUAAGGAGUUGGAAAGGAUGGAAUUCCACAGCAAGUACGUUGAUAUAGUGAAAACCAAUGGCCUCAGUGGGAUGGCACUGCUGUUUGGGAAUUCAGAAGACCUUGAAGACCUCCUGGGCAUGACCUUUGGAGAGUGGGCAACUUUCAGACUGCACUUCCUGGGUUUACCACCACACCUGCGACCACAGACCAAGAACCUGCCGCUGGCACCUUCCAAACCUGAGAGCCAACUUUUCAAAUUUAAAGCACAUGCUGGCUUUCAUUACUCAUCCAACCCAAGUCUAGCUAACAACUAGAUUUGGGUGCUAGAUGCAUCUCCUGUGAUCUCGUGAUGUUGUGUAUUGUUAUGUGUGUGUGUGCAUGUGUGCAUGCGUGUGUGUGUGUGGUCUUGUUUAUUGUGCUUUCAAAUGUCUUAAUGAACAAACAUUUCACAAAUCUAAAGAUAUCAAUGUAUAUGUACUGAAAACUGUGUUAUGUUGAUAUUGAAGUAUUGAAGAAAAGUAUAUCACAACAUGAAGUGUUAUUGAAUUGGGGCAGCCCACGACUGUGCGGAAGGGAUUGUUGCCAGUUCAAAUCCCCACCAGGUCAAGGGCGGGGGUACCCAAAGGUACCCAGUCCCCAUUUCUCAUUGUUAACGUGACAUUUUUAAAUGGACCCCAGCCACCGGGGGGCCACAUCCAGUGUACUCCUGGUGCUGGUCCCAAGACCAGAUUAAUAGGAGGGUUACGUCAAGAAUGGCAUCCCGCAAAAUUUUAAGUGACUCCUAGAGAGGGAGAACCCAAAAGGAAAGCAAAAACUAAUAAUAAUAAUUAUAUACUGUAUAUAUCAAAUGUUUAUUGAUAUAUAUAGAGACUUAUCAGGACCUACUCCGACUCUAAUAUGCAUUAAUCAAACAUGUGUCAUAUAAUCUAUAAUAUAUAUAUAUAUAUAUAUAUAUAUACACAUAUAUAUAUAAUCUGUGUUGUCAUACUGAAAUGCAUGCCUUGGUGGGACAUUAUGGAACAAAGGUAUUAUUUAAACUUUAUUAGUAAAAUGUAUGCUUUUACUCCUGACAUGUGAAAAAGGGACUACUGAGAGAGAGCAAUGACUGUGUAUUGUAGAAGAAAAUGUGGUAAACUGCAAAAUUCA